CUAAGCACGGCCCUGCCUGGCAAACAACAAGCCCCCUCCAGUCAGCGGGACGAGGACUGAAUGACUGCCGACCCCAAACUCUGUCCUGCAACCGAACUUACAGGCAGCGACGUCCCCUUGUCACAAAGAACACGUUGCCAUGGCGACAAACUAUUCAAGAAACCUUCACUGCGUGGCGGUCAGCUGGUGACAUCUCGUGGAUCAUUAGGACCUUGCGGCGGUGGUCCAGUGCCUGGAGCUUCUCUGUGGUCAGUGUAAUUGGACUUCGCCAUUGCACCCAUCGUCACCCGCAAAGUUGAACAGCCCACCCGAGCGCACACAAAGCUGCCACGUGGGGCAACCAUGGCGAGUAUUGUCUCCCCUGGUGUGGGCCAGUCGCCUCCCUUGCCCAGGCUGCCCUCGUGCCACGUGACUGUCGCCCGUCGGUCCACGGCGCACUUCGUCGACUUCACGGAACUUGCGGCCUCCACAUGGAGACCCCCGGGCCUGCGCCGAGAGCACACGAUCGCAGGCUACCCUCCCGACACUGACAGGACAGAGGUCAGUGCCAACACGCCUGACAUUGGUGUCGCCACUGGUGUCCCCGCCAGGAUGCUUCACUUCCCACCCAAAUUUUUACGCAAUUCAGCCAAAGCCAAGUACAGGAAAACUAAGAACACAACAAAGAUGUCUUCGUGUAUUACAGACGGCGAGUUGGUGGACCUGGUAGCCAAACGUCUGUCCAGGAGCUUCCUGGGGAUCCGCACCAUGUUUCGUUCUUUUGACGAGACUGGAGGCGAGAGCGUCAACCAGGAUGCCUUGCUCAAGAUCCUGUAUAACACCGUUGGUUACAUAACACCUGAGCAGUUCAACGGGUUUCUUAAAAGCCUGGGGAUUGAGAACAAGGCCACCAUCUCCUUUGACUUGUUUGUGUCUCGCUUCAAGGACAAAGAGGAUAUAGACCAGCAGUGGAAGAGCCCGGUGUGGAGGGCCGUGCAGGCCGAGGCCCACCACUACGCCCACCCAGAGGAGGAGCUGCGCUGUGUUCCCAUCACGGAACUGAAGAAGUACACCACAGCCCCUCACGCCGCCACCCUGCUCCACAACGCCGUCAAGAGGGGGGACGUGGACCUGCGCUCGCUGCUGCCAGACGCUUGUUUCCUGCCCAACGGCGUGGUGCUGAAGCCACAGCUGCGCGAGGCCCUGUGUCAGAUCGGGGUGGCUCUUGACGACAAGCAGUUCACCUUCUUGUGGGAUAGAUAUGACAAAGACAAGACUGGUGCCAUCCCCACCAAACGCCUGUACUCGAUUUUGGAUCUGAAGUUGGAUGGCGAUCCGUGGGACCGAACUUUGCCAGUUGGCACCCAAGAUCACUACCGGCAGUCGACUCCAUACUACAAGACCACCAAGCAGGGGAAGGUCCAUGCAUCCCCCGCUGCAGUCCCAUCAGCACUAGACGACGGGGUGAGGGGCGAGGCAAUCAAAACUCCCAGCUCUCCCUCCAAGUCUCCCACUCAUCAAGUGCUUGAGAAAGACACUGCUGCUGCACUGGAGAAGGAGGAAGACAAGGAAGUGGAGGAUUCCCCGACUGCUGAUGCGGCCAAACGAAGUCAGAUCCGGGAGGUGAUGCAGCACGACAGUUCGCAGCCCAAGUUUGACUCCAUCAUCGACUGUCUCUUUUACAAGUUUGAGACCCGGUACCAAAGCAUGCUGAUGGCCUUCAAGCUCUUCGAUUUGUCGCAUGACGGUCAAGUGAUGAGGGUGGACUUCCGACGGGUACUGGCCGAGUUUGGCUUUCCGCUGACGGCAGUGGGUCUGAUGGACGUCCUUAACAAGCUGCCCGUUCCUGUCCAUCAUGGCAUGAUUGACUACCGCAUGCUCCUGAAGAAGCUGAUGACGCUGACGGACAACUUUGUCUCGCGCACCCUGGACGCUACGAUCAAGUCGCUGGUGAACGGCUCGGACGCAGACCCCGACGACGGCCUGUGGGUGCGUCUGGUGAAGUUCCUGCACUCGGAAUACAUUAACUUCGCUGCUUGCUUGCUGCGUGCGGACAAGAACAUGAAGUACGCACUGAGUGUGCAGGAGGUCAAGCUGGCGAUAGAGCGAUGUCUGGUGUGCUCCAUGACAGACAAGCAGUUGGAGGACCUGCUGGCCAAGGUACCCCUGGACGAGCAGGGCAACAUCAAGUACAUCGAGUUCCUGGAGAUGUUUGAGAGAGAGCCAGGCACGUGGAACCAGGUGACGAAGUGCGGGGUGACGGUGCCCAAACAACGUGUGACCAACACUCCACCCACAGAACUCGCCAACCUGCGGCGCUCCCAGAGCAGCGUGGUGCCGGCCAGAACCAUGAUACGCAAGGACCGGGAUCCAGGACAGCUCAAGGAGGAGUUAAGGACCUUCUUUGACAAACAUCUGUUUGACUUCGAUGAGAAAUACAAACAGCUGGACAGGAAGUCGCACAACCGCUUCAGUCGCUGGCAGUUCGGCUCCAUUCUAAAACUAUGUGGCUUUGAGAUUACCGACUCGGAGCUGUCCAAGCUGUGGCUCACUCUCAACCUCAGCAACGAUGGAAUGUCCACGUACAACGGCGUCAUCAUGGAGUUUGCGCCAAGCCACACUCCAUUCAAUUUGCAUGUCAAAAAAGAAGCAGAAGGUGAGGAGAAAAGAUAUGAAGCGGAUGAAGAAUCGCCAAGAAGUUCACCUGGUGGGACGUGUGAGCCACAAGUACCUGAACCUCAAGAAAACGUUGGGAACACGGAGGCGCCAUGCCAGUCACACAUGACUCCGCUCUUCUGCAAAUUGCAGCCGUUCGUAUCUUCUAAUUGGGAGUGCGUGCGCUCAGCGUUUCGAAAACAGGAUCCACAUGGUUAUGGAACUGUGUCCUUCGAGCAGAUGCAGCGGCUGAUAGACAGUCUACAUUCUGGACUUAGCCCAGCAGAGAGGAAUGCAAUCUGUGACCAAUUCGAUUUCAGAAAGAGGGGCAGGUGCAACUAUCUGUCAUUUAUGAAGGCAUUUUCCACACCAUAUGUGCCCCACUCCAGACUGACCUUUUCUGUGGAUACAUGUAAGCUGGAAAAAAAGACUCACCUAGCAAGGAUCCCCACCAUUUCUAAGCCCAGUGAUGCUCAAAAACCAAUAACAGUGUCAGAAGCUCUGCUGCUUAUCAGAAACAAGCUGAUCAAGCACUGGAAGAACCUGCGCCGAGCAUUUCAGCACAAUGAUCGCUCUCACACAGGAUACCUGUCUGUGACAGACUUCAAACGCGUGCUGAAAGAGUGCAACAUCCCUGUGUCACAGGAGGACUUGUACCACAUUGUGUCAGAGUUUGAUGAAGACAUGGAUGGAAAGAUCUCAUAUGUAGAGUUUUUGGAUGGUCUGCUUAGAGUGUAACUGUUCUGGGCAAUCAGUGUCUACUUCCAUCAGAACUAUUUUAACAGGGUCCCUCUUACUUGGUAGAAGGUCAAGUAUAAACCAAGAUGUCUUGAUAAUUUUUCGUUGAAACUGUGUAUUCACAAACACUAAAGCUUAAGAAUUACUAUUCAACAUCCACUAGUUCUAAUUUUAUUAUGAAGCAUCCAUUAACUUAUGACCUUUGAACCAGUUUUGUUCUUGAUUCUUUCCAUUACUCCGUAACAUUUUGUUCUCUUCUUUCAUUUAGAUAGGAAAAGUGCAUGUCACUCAGUUUUAUUCUAUGGCUGUCUGAAAAACACCAGAAACGAUGCUCUUCAUGCUUUCAAACUCUGUAACCAACAUUUUUAAAGGUUUAAGAGAUAUAGAAGAUAUAUAUAUAUAGAUAUCUAUAGAUACAGGUUGAAAAGAUAUAGUCAUCUGGCUCCAAACAUCUAAUUGAAAGAAAAACCCAAAACGAUUUUGUCUGUUUUCUUGCUGAACGUUUAUAAACAAAUAAAAUUAUUUUUAAAACUU